AUGGAACAGAUUAACUCAAAUAGCAGGAAAAAACUGCAACAAUUAGAUAUAUUUAAAAAGUACGCUGCUGAAUCUAAAGAUGGAAAUGGAGAACUCGUACUUUCAUAUGACGAGUUUAUUGAAUUGAUCUCGAAUUCACAGAGAUUAUAUUCUACUUUGACAGACCAUUCCUUCAAUUUAAAUCAUGUACCUACAAAUACAUUUGGUUGUAUCUUUUUCGCUAUUGAUGAACAUAAUAAAGGGUAUUUGACCAUUAAUGAUUGGUUCUAUUUUAAUAAUAUUUUAGAAUGUAACGAUUAUAAUUUAAUUUUAUUAUAUGAAUUUUUUAGAAAAUUCGAUAUUGAACAAUUAAAACAUGGUAUAAUAGAAAAUAGUGGUACUCAAAUAGAUACUCAUCGUAUGAAAACUAUUAAUUAUAGUGAUCGUUUCUUAGAUUUUAAUGAUUUAUUAUUAAAUGUAUCACAAUUUAAAAAGACAAUCGGUUUAUUACAGGAUUCUAUGAAAAAUAAUACAAUUUCUCUUAAGGGUAGUGGUUUGUUAUUUGAUUGGGAUAAUCUACCUCUUUGGAAACUUUAUGAAACAUUCCCAUAUGGUGGGAUUUCGCAAAUGAAUAAUAAUCAAAAUGCAUUUAUUAGUUUGAACUCUUUAAUGACAAUGUUACAAACCGAUUUAAAGAAUGAUCGAUUGAAACAAGGCUUUGAUCAACUAUCUCAAUUGGAUUCAAGACAGAAUUGUCUAACAAUAACAAGGAAUCAAUUAAUACAACUUUUGAAAGGACUCUAUUCUCAUAAAGUCUCUUAUGAUAUAUUCGAUUCCUUAGUUGAUAUUACUCCACAAGGUUCGUUGAAACGAGAUGAUCAAACAAUUCCUUAUGGUGUCUUUAGAGAUGUAACUUAUUUGUUCGAGAAUUUCGAUUUAUUGAAUGAAGUAUUAUUGAAACAUGCAAGUGGAAAUGGGUUGAGCGCCAGCGAUUUAAGAGAAUAUACAAUUGAUAAGGAAACAUUGAUGGAUUUAUUAAAUACUCAAUACAAUAAAGUUAAUAAUUUAACACGAUUCUCUCCAACACAAAUCGAUUUAUUAUUUAAGAUAAUUUCAAAUUCAAAAAAAUUGCAUAGAAGGAAACUUACCUCACACGAUGAAAAUAAUGACCAAAAGAUGGAACAUUUCCAUGAAGAUUCACAAAUAAAUGAUUUUAUUAGAACGGAAUACAUGUAUGGAACAAAUGAAAAACCAAAGACUGAAUUGGAAUUAUUUAAUGAUAAUUAUAUUGAUCAAUCUAAUGAAUUUUGUCAGGAUAUAUCAGAAUAUAUGGAUAUUCCAGGCCAUAGAAAAUCAUUGUUUAAACAAAUAUUUGGCUCUAGUAAUGUUAUAUCUGACUUUGAUAUAGAUGAUGAUAGUUUGACCAUUGAAGAUUUUACAAAAAUUAUUAAUCCAAAUUAUUUGAAUGAUAUUAUUCAUAUUCUAGAAUUGCAAAAUGUUAAAAAUAGUUCUCUAUAUGUGAAUUAUUAUUUUUAUCCAAUAUUUGAUUCUAUCUAUAAUUUUUGUUUGGGCUCAAUUGCGGGUUGUAUUGGUGCUACGGUCGUGUAUCCUAUUGAUUUUAUCAAAACAAGAAUGCAAGCACAACGUUCUAAUGCAAAAUAUAAGAACUCUAUUGACUGUUUGUUAAAGGUUGUUAAAGCAGAAGGUAUUAGAGGCCUAUAUUCGGGUCUUGGAUUCCAAUUGAUAGGUGUAGCACCAGAAAAGGCAAUUAAAUUGACUGUUAAUGAUUUCAUGAGGAAAAGACUUGUCGGUAAUCAGAAUCAAUUGAGUGUAAGCGGAGAAGUAUUAUCAGGUGCAUCUGCUGGGAUGUGUCAAGUCAUUUUCACAAAUCCUAUUGAAAUUGUAAAGAUUAGAUUGCAAGUGAAAUCGGAAUAUGUGGGUAGUGCAGAUACUACGGCAAUUCAAAUCAUUAGAAGGCUAGGUCUAUCUGGUUUAUACAAAGGUGUGGCAGCAUGCCUAAUGAGAGAUGUUCCAUUUUCUGCUAUAUAUUUCCCUACUUAUGCUCAUUUGAAAAAAGAUCUUUUCCAAUUCGAUCCAAAUGACAAGACUAAGAGAAAUAGAUUAAAGACUUGGGAAUUAUUAUUAGCUGGUGGUCUUGCAGGUAUGCCAGCUGCAUUCUUAACGACUCCAUUUGAUGUUGCAAAGACAAGACUUCAGAUUGAACCAAAGCAAGGUGAAACUAGCUAUAACGGUAUAUUCCAUGCAUUUAAAACUAUCUUGAAAGAAGAAAGUUUUAGAAGUUUCUUCAAGGGAGGAGGUGCUAGAGUAUUAAGAAGUUCACCUCAAUUUGGGUUUACACUAGCAGCAUAUGAACUAUUUAAAAACUCAUUCCCGGUGCCUAAUUUUGGAAGUGACUCUAAAACCUCACCUGGAGGAUCUACUGAUAUUGGCUCUUCUGUAGCUUCCUUGGCUAUAUUCUCUCAACAAGCUAAGAAUAAUUCCAAGAAAUUUGCUUAUAAUUCUAGCAUGGAGUUAUAUGGACCUACUAUAGACCCUUACAGUUCGAACUAUCUAAACUACUAUUAUAAGAGCUGUGAAGUAGCUAAGACUUUUAUUGAUUUGGAUAACAAUUUUGCCAGGUUUGACAAAUCAGUUUAUUCUAGGUUCAAUGAUUACCUGAAGAGUAUCGGGAGCGCUAGGUAA